UAAAAAAUGAGACUCGGCGAUUUAGUGCUUAGUACUUCAGCUUCCUUUCAACACUAUCAAAUCAAACUUUACAAUGCUGAUCAACCCACAAUCCUUGUUGACGGUAAUAUUUGCGGUGAUGUUCCUGGGUAUGGCAUCCUCGUAUGAAAUUGUCAGAAAAUGUCCUUAUCAUUAUGAAUGGAAAGACAACUAUUGCCAAUACUAUGAUCAUUACCCAGGGUAAUUACACCAAAUAAAUAAUUUCUGAACAUUCCAAAAACUUGA